GCAGUUCUGUCGAGUAUAUCCUGCAUUUUAGGCAGCGGGAGGAAAUAUAGGAUAAGUACGGAAUCUGAUGCAUAGAAAUAAGAGGAGAGAUUCUGUCAACCAAGAUUGCCCACUGGAUUUGCGUGAAGUUCAAGGAAAGCAAGUAGAUUGAUUGCAGCUUGUUUUUUUUAUAUUAACUUAUGCAGAGGAACACGUGCCAGCUGUUCUAGCAAAGUUUUCCAUUUGCAACAUGAAUAAUCUGUUUGGGAGUCAGCAGCCCGGUCAAUUCCAGCCCCCAGCCAGCAGUAUAGGUGGGGUGUUUCAGCCUCUCCAGCCCCCAGCCAGCAGUGUCAAUGGGGUAUUUCAGCCUCUCCAGCCCCCAGCCAGCAGUGUCAGUGGGGUGUUUCAGCCUCUCCAGCUCCCAGCCAGCAGUGUCAGCGGGGUAUUUCAGCCUUUCCAGCCCCCAGCCAGCAGUGUCAGCAGUAUGUUUCAGUGUCAGACUGGGGAGAAUCCUAGUUUUGGGCAAACAUCUGGAUUUGGGCAGCAGACAUCAUUCAGCCAGCCUGGAGGAUUUGGGCAACAGAUGGUAUUUGGGCAGUCAUCGAGUUUUGGUCAAACGCCUGCCUUUGGACAGUCCUCUGGAUUGGGGCAGAACCCAGUGUUUGGCCAGUCAACUGGAUUAGGGCAAAGCAGGGGGAUGACACUGGCAGCAGGGCAAGGACAGGGACAGCCACCCUCGUACACACAGUCAACCAGGCUGAGAGAGACCGUGGCAUUUGGGACACCAGGACUGGGACAGAGUACUGCAGGGUUUGCGCCACCACCAUCAUACACACAGUCAACUGGUUUGGUGCAGAGCACGGUGUUUGGACAGUCAACUGGUUUUGGACAGAGCCAAGGACAGCCGUCCGCACUGGGGCAAUCCUCUGGAUUUACACAGCCAUUUGCCCAAUCAACUGGAUUUCCCCAGAGCUCUGGGUUUGGACAGUCUUCUAGCUUCCCACAGGUUUCCUCAGCACCUGUGCCCUGCUCUGGGUCAGGGCAGGCCAUGAGGUUCAGCCAGCCAGUGGUGUCUAGUUUCGGGCAGCCUCUAGCAUUUGGGAUGACCAACAACACUUCCUCCAAUGCAGCGGUAACUGUGGGCAGCCAGAGUGUCACUUUCACACUCCCCUCCUCCUCCUCCUCCUCCCUCUCCUCCUCCUCCUCCUCCUCCACAGGGAUCUUCUCUACACCCUCUUCUUCCUUCAAAAACAUAGAGGGGGCUCCUUGCAGCUUUGGUAACACAGACUUUAAGUUCAGGCCGUCAGACACAGCUGUCUUCAAACCCAUCUUUAGCAUUAGCCCAGAGCCAGCUAAUACAAAGCUGGCGACAGCUUCCUUUACCAUGGCACAGCCUGCUGCCAGUGUGUUGAGCAGCAGUUCAGGUUUCUCCCAUCUGAGUGGGAGCACAGAUGGAGUCCCGGGGUUCACCUUUUCAAAACCUUCAGCACUCUCAUCUAAUAACAGUGUCAGUGCCAAUGUCUCCCAGGACAGCAGCCUUGAAUUCAAUUUCUUACCACCGACAGCCCAUGCAACUAGCCAAACAUUUGUCAGCACCACCAGUGCAUCAACCUUCAGCUUCUCCGAAAAGGUUGUUGAAGUCCCACCAGCAACCCGAUCCCCCUUUGGAAGCACUGGUACUGGGUUUGCACAGCCAAGCAACACCUCUGCGUUUGGCAAGCUGGGCAAAUCAGAGGCAGCUGCAGGAGGACAAGAGGAAGUUGGCAGUGAGGGCCAAGGGGAGGUGGACUUUGGAGGCCAGGGGAAGGGAACUAAAAGAAAAGAGGAGUCAGUGGAGCGACCACCACCCCAGGAAGAGAGCUCUAAAGGCAGCCGUGAUGAAGCCCGCUGCCCUUCCAAGCGGCCAUUGUUAAAGUCCCGCGGUCCUGCUCGGGGGCUAUUCCACUCUGCCCUCAGCCACGUUCUGAAGGAGUCGGGCCAGUCUGUGAACAGGGAGUCCAAGAGACAGCAGCAGUGGGAGGAGAUGAAGACCCCUUUAGAAGCUCCAGCACCUCACCCUGCUCCACAGCCUUCCACAACGCCUCCCAGAACACGGGCCUCCAGCAGAGAAGAAAGAGCAGUGAAGGAGCCAGAAGAAGACACUCGGAGCCCCUCUCGCAGAUCCCAACGCACUGAGAGUACUGACAGCCUUGGGGGUGCCUUGCCGAAAGACCUCACAGCCAUCCAGUGCAAGAACGUCCCACCUCAUCUGAACAAAAAGGACAUCAUGGAGAAGCAUUUCAGCCGUUUCGGCAAAGUACAGAGGGUGUGCUGCAGACUUAACAGAAACCUGGCUAUUGUGCACUUCCAUGACCAUGCUUCAGCAUACAGAGCAAAAAAGAAGGGGAAGUCUUUGCACAGAGAAGAAAUUGCAAUAUUUUGGCAAAAAAAGAAAUCAAGUCCAGGAGACAAGGCAGAAAGUUCCUUGAAGAAUGAAGAGGAGGUGGAGACUAAGGACAAACAAGGCAGCUUUCAGCCCUCAGACAUCCGCAAGGCUGUUUCCAGGUCCUCUGCGGUCGGCAAUAGCUCCCUCAGCAAAGGAUCUCCCACUAAGAAAUCUUCCAGCACCAAGUGUCUGCAGUUUGAGGCUGAGUCCCAGCAUGAUUCAGGCUCUGAGGGUCAGAGUUCAGAGCCCCUGGCUGGAGCACUGCCCUCCUCCCUGAACCUUCUGAUUGGCAGAGUGGCAGAGACGUCAGAAGAAAAAUACCGGCUUCUGGAGCAGAAAGACAAGAUUAUGCGGCAAGGCAGGGCAAAGAGGACUGAGUUGGACUUGUCCAAGGUCUUUGUGGGCACGUGUCCAGACAUGUGUCCAGAGAAAGAGCGCUUCAUGAGGGAGACCAGAAACCAACUCAGCAUCUAUGAGGUCAUCCCAGGCACUGAUAGGGUGGACCAUACAACUGCUAUUAAAGAGUACAGCAGGUCUUCUGCUGACCAGGAGGAACCUUUACCCCAUGAACUGCGACCCUCAUCUGUGCUCAACAUGACCAUGAACUAUCUGGUGACCCAGAUCAUGGACCAAGGAGAGGGGAACUACCGUGAUUGGUAUGACUUUGUCUGGAACAGGACACGAGGCAUUCGAAAGGACAUCACCCAGCAGCACCUGUGCGACCCUCUCACAGCUUCCCUAAUCGAGAAGUGCACCCGCUUCCACAUCCAUUGCGCUCACCACCUGUGUGAGGAGCCCAUGAUGGCCUUCGACGCAAAGAUAAACAAUGAGAACAUGACCAAGUGUCUGCAGAGUCUCAAGGAGAUGUACCAGGACAUGGCCACGAAGAAUAUGUCUUGUCCCAGGGAGGAGGAGUUCCGCCAGUACAGUGUGCUACUCAAGCUCAAUGAUGGAGAUAUCCUCAGGGAGGUGCAGCAGUUUCGCCCAGAAAUCCGGAACUCUCCAGAAGUGAAGUUUGCAGUGCAGGCUUUCGCCGCUCUGAACAGCAACAACUUUGUGAGGUUCUUUAAGCUGGUUAGAGGGGCCUCCUACCUUAGUAGCUGCAUCUUGCAUCGCUAUUUCAACCAGGUGCGACGUGAUGCUCUGAAAGCACUGAACAUUGCGUAUACAGUUGGCUCCCAGAGAUCGACCACCUUCCCCAUUGAUGGUCUGGCGAGAAUGCUGAUGUUCCAAGAUGAUGACGAGGCUGCUGACUAUGCCAUGCAGUAUGGACUGAUUGUUAAUGAGGGCAUGGUGGAGCUGAGUCGUUCUGGCUACCAGGAGCCUGAGGUUCCGAUCCCUCCCAGGAAGUCGGCGGAUAUCACCCGCAAGAGGGCAGUGCUGAUCGGGGAGGUUGUGAACGGGGGACCCUUGCAGAGUCAACCCCAGCACAAACCAGUCAUCAGCUUUGACUCAAAAAACAGAUACAGAGGGGACGGCCUCAUGGCAGAGCAAGCAAGCACCGGCCAGAGGGGGCCUCAGGGAUUAGCAGCCCCAGUUGUGAUAUUCAAACAGGAACUGAAGCCCUUGAUGCAAGACAUGCCAACAGUGCCAGUGGAACUUUGCAAUCAGCCACUACUGCCCCCAGCUGCUCAGCUGAUUAUGCAGCCUGAGCCUCAGCCUGCAUUACCCCCUCCCAAACCACAGCUGAUCUACACUGACCAGGAUAUAUGUGAAGUGAUACAGGCUCUACUUGAGGAUGUUUUGGAAGUAGAGUGUACUGAAGUGGCAAGAGCGGGAGCUGACUACACAUCCACAGCACUGUGCGUCUCAGAAAGUGAAGUGGAAGUGUUGGUGGAUGAGGUUGUGGAGCAGCUGCUUAAACAAACAACCAUUACAGAAAUAAAUGCAGAGAGGCAGAAAGUAGAUGAAGAAAAACGCAGCAUCCAAGAAGCAAGGCUGAAGCAGGAGCGAGAGCUGUUCAUUGCCCGGUUCAGCUAUUCACUCUGCUCCGAGCUUACAGAGGAGGUGCUGGGAGACUUCAUUAACCUCACUGCUGCUUCUGAGAUGCAGCAUGCUUUGCAGGAGAAGGCUGCUUGUAUAGCUCAUUGCACAGAGGAAGUGUGCUGUUACUUGAUGGAGCAAACCUUAGACACUGACAUUUACCAGCUUGCCAAGGACACCCUGGAGGUGGAGGUGCAGCGCAUCCACAAAUACCUCAAAAGGUGGAGAGAUGUGGUUGCAGUACGGAGACAACUCAAGCGGCAGAUGAGGGGGUUCCCAGCAGCUCCAUGCUGUGUGGACCCCAAAUUCAAGCUAAAGGCAUUAGCACCAAGUGCUCUGUCCCCCCCAACUCUGGAUUUCCUUGCUAAAGGACUUGUCAACAUGGGGAAUGCAGGGAACAUCGCCGUGUCCUGUACAAGGGUAAUGCAGAUGAGAGAUGAGGCAAUCCACCACAUGAAAGUGCAAUAUUAUCAGCAGUUGCUUCUGAGCCAGGCUGUGUGGGCACCGCUAGCCCUACCAGAGCUGAUCUCUGAAAGUGUCUCGAGCGCUAGAGAGACAAUCUUCUGGAAAGCUGUCCUCCUUCUGCCCAGCGAAGAGGAAUGUGAAACGAGCCUCACAAAUAGGAUUUUGUCUGAUUGGUUGAAAGCAAAGUUUGGUGGAGCUGAACAGUCAGAAGAUAUAGUCCAGCAUCCAGGCAACAAAAUCCAGACUCUUACAAUAUGUAAUAGUUUUAGAAACCGUAGAGAAAGCCAUGCUGCUGUGCAUGUCUGUAUUAAGAUGUCCCAAGGCUCCUUCAGUGACUGUGAACUGAGCGAGGUGGAGGCUCAGAAGGAGCUGCUGGGGACAAGUGCUCUGGUCAUGUUGCUGCCGUCUCUGCAGGGGACUGGGGGGCAGGAGGAGGAGGUUGAGGAAGAGGAAGAGGUGUACUGGCUCUCUGCUCUGCUGCAGCUCAAACAGAUCCUGCAGGCCAAGCCCUUGCAGCCUGCACUGCCCCUAGCUGUGCUGGUGCCCAGGCAGGGGAAGCAAGCUGUCCGCGAGGAGCAGCUGGUAGAAGGUUUAAUGCUCCAGAGUUUGGUUGCAGCACAUUUGAUUUCAGAGUACAUCUUUAUUCACAUCCCAGAGUUGACCAAUGAUUUGCAGGGAUCCAAACAGAUCUGCCAGGCAGUGCGAUGGCUGGCCUCCCGCUGCCCUCCUCCUCCAGACCUGUGCGCUCAAACCCUGGUGCAGUUUGUUGAAGAUGGACUGUGCCGGGAGUUCAGUGAGAGAUUUUACCACUACAAGAAGGCUCGGCAGGUACUGGGGCUGCCCUGCCAGGAUCCUGCCCCAGUGAUCCAGCUCUACAACAGUGUGCUGGCUUUCCUUGCAGAACUGGUCUCCUCUGAGCAGCUCUCCCAGCUGUCCUGGCCUGUGUGUGAGUUCAAAUCGCUCCUUCCACACCUGGACUGGAACUCAGCAGAGCACCUUGCCUGGCUGUGGAGAGCCAUUAUCAGCCUCCACAUUCCACAGCUGGAACUCCCUCCUGCACAAGCUCCCUGGCCUGCUGUGUGUGCAGUGAUUUUCCACUAUGCAUCUCAGAUCCCUUCAUCUAAGCAGACCCAACCAAUCCUGAUAUCCAAGGUGGAGCACCUCCUGAACAGAGUAUACACUGAGUGGAGUGAGAGCCGCUCCACAGGGCCCCCUUUGAACCAGGCUGAGUGGAGUGAGAGCCGCUCCACAGGGCCCCCUGUGAACCAGGUCCCCUGGGAUGAAGUUGUGGCUCUUUGCAUAGACCAUCGCUUGAGAGACUGGAAACCUCCAGCAUCAGCUGUUGCUGAAGAAGCCAUAACAGAAGAUGGUCAUAUUGUGGUAUAUUUUGUUAAAGAAGAUGUGAAGAAGUACAAACCCCCACUCAGCUGGGAACAGGCACUGAGGCAAACCCAGGAAGAGCUGCAGCAGGAUCCAGUCAGAUUAAGCCCCCUCUCCACAAAGCCCAGUCUGAGUUCAAGGCAGAGAGUUUUAAGGAGCGUCUCCGAAGAGUAUGUGGAGAGCAGAAGGACCAGUGUGCUCGAUAUCACCCACACUGCCUCUGCAGAGGAGCUGCUACCAGACCGUCUGCUUUCCAGUAUAGAGGCAGAGAAAGCAGCCAGUAACAUGUUUGAAAAGCAGUUGCAGCAGUGGUUGGAACUGGACCCACUGGAUUCCUUUUCUAUGCCUCUCUAUAUCCCACAAGCCCUGGUUUCUGCCCCCGAGACCAUGCUUCCCACCACUACACCUGCUGCAGCAGUAACACAGGGUAUGGCGGAUUGUGACUGUGUGAGUUCAGCUCCUGUCUCCCUGGGAGAUCGUCUGAAAGAGCUGGACAGACUGAUUGGAGCCAACAAGGAAGAGGAGCUGGCCUGUGAGCUACAGCUCUCCGCUCUCCUUCACAUGGUGGACAACUGAAACAAGAUCCUAAGUGGACAUCCCAGUGAGCAAAAUUAAACACAAAAGAAAAUAUACUAAAUAUCUGGGAUCAUUGCGACAACUUUUCUCAGAAAGCUGUUUUAUGAGCAUUGUUGUAAAAUACUGAGAGGAAAAGUACCUCACAGCUGGCAUACAAAAAUUUAAAAUAAACAUAUUGACUGCAUUUCUGUUUUUUGAAAACAUGUAUCCACCAGAUGGCACUGUUCCUUAAAUUAUUUCACCCAAAUGAAGGUCCAGGACUAGAGAGACAGAAUUGCUGAAAAUCCUGCAAGGACAAAACAUUUCUAAAUACUUGUUAGUGUUGCCACUAAUGUUGCUCUUAGAACUUCUAGCUUAAGAUGUGUUCUUCCAGGUCUACUAAGUAAGACCUGUUGCUCUUUUAUCAGCAUGGAUAUAAUUUCUGAAUGAAAUGGGUUUUUCUUGAAAUCACAGAACUGUUAAGAGAUUAAAAUAAACAAGCUAUGAAUAAGCCUAAAAUCAUGAUUUCCGUUCACAGCUCUAAAUGAUUUGGUUCAGAGAAGUAGCAAGACUUACUGUCAUAGACACAGGCUGUAGGCUCAGCAGUGUUGUAUUUAUAGUCUUAAGUCAUUAGCGUUCACAGUACAGCAAUAUAAAAUGGGGGCUGCUAGGUAUAUUACCUAAUAUAGACGCAAUUUCCCUGCUAAACUGUACUAUAUUCACUGAUAAUUGGUACACACGUAUAUAUAGAUCAAUAACAUGCUGUAUCUAGACUUUAGCAUGUUUCCCAGUGUUUUUUUGUUCAUUCAUAUAUAUUUCUGUAUUUCAAAGUACAGUACAUACUGAGUGAAUUCAGUUAUUUUUGGAUUUUAGAUGUGUAUGUGAUGUGGGACUUAGCUUUAAAGUUGAUUUGAUGUAAAAAAUAAAGUUUC